AUGCGGGGGGCGAGGCGGCUGGCGGCUCUGCUGUGCCCCCUCUCCCUGCUCGUCACCGCGUCGUGGGGAGUCCGCUUCCACCCCGGACAAGAGACCUUGGUGAAGCAGCUCUCCUCUUACGAAAUCAUCACACCUGUCCGAGUGAAUGAGUUUGGAGAAGUUUUCCCGCACACGCAUCACUUCAGAAGGAGGAAAAGGAGUUUGGAGGCACAGCUGGAGCCCGCUGCUUUCCGGACACAUUACCAGCUCAGAGCAUACGGGCAGGUCUUCCAGCUGAACUUGAGUGCUGAUGCAGGCUUCCUCGCUGCUCAGUACACGGUGGUGCACGUCGGGGCCCCGCAGAAACAGCCGUCCCCUGAUUUGCGGCACUGUUUUUACCGCGGGCAUGUCAAUGCCCAGGAAACGCACAUGGCUGUCUUCAGCAUCUGUGGUGGUUUGAUGGGCACCUUCAAGGCACAUGAUGGUGAAUACAUUUUAGAACCUCUGAUGAAAGCGGAUGGAGGUGAACAUGAAGAUGAACAUAACAAACCACAUCUUAUAUACAGGCAUGAUGAACUUAAAAAAGAGUAUCAGAAAUCCUAUAAACCUUGUGAAGUUUCAGAGAAAGAGUUGCAGAAGAGCACUUUAUUACAUCCAACCUUCAGCAGUUUAGAUGAAAAGAGCAGCAUUUUACAGAAGUCUCUCAGUUCAGAGUAUGCUUUAAAUAACAUCUCCACAGAGGAUGGUGGCAAUCCACAUUCCAGGAAGAAACGUUUUCUUUCCUAUCCAAGAUAUGUAGAAGUGAUGGUCACAGCUGACACCAAAAUGGUUCGUCACCAUGGGCAGAAUUUACAGCACUAUGUACUAACUCUGAUGUCAAUAGUUGCAGCUAUUUAUAAAGAUUCAAGUAUUGGAAAUCUUAUAAAUAUAGUUAUUGUCAAAUUAAUUGUAAUUCACAAUGAGCAGGAAGGACCAGCUAUCACUUUUAAUGCAGCUACCACUCUGCGUAAUUUUUGCUUAUGGCAGCAAGCACAAAACACUUUGGAUGAUACUCACCCUUCUCAUCACGAUACUGCUGUUCUCAUCACCAGGGAAGAUAUCUGCAGAGCUAGAGAGAAGUGUGAUACUCUUGGUUUAGCAGAGCUAGGUACAAUGUGUGACCCACUGCGCAGUUGUUCUGUAAGUGAAGAAAAUGGAUUGAGUGCUGCUUUUACUAUAGCACAUGAGCUUGGACAUGUGUUUAAUGUGCCUCAUGAUGAUAGUUUUAAAUGUAAAGAAGCUGGAAUUAAACACCAAUAUCAUGUGAUGGCUCCAACUUUAAAUUAUCAUACAAGUCCAUGGACCUGGUCAAAAUGCAGUCAAAAAUACAUCACUGAAUUUCUUGAUACUGGUUAUGGUGAGUGCCUCCUAGACAAACCUAGUGGAGAAACAUACCAUCUCUCCUCUCAGCUGCCUGGGUCAAUGUAUGAUGUCAACAAGCAGUGUGAGCUUACUUUUGGUAUUGGGUCACAAGUAUGCCCUUACAUGAAACAAUGCAAACGCUUAUGGUGCACGAGCACAGAAGGUGUUCACAAGGGCUGUCGUACUCAGCACAUGCCUUUGGCUGAUGGAACAGCUUGUGGUGUAGGCAUGCACUGCCGCCAUGGAAUUUGUGUGAGCAAAGAAAUGGAGCUGCGCCCUGUAGAUGGAGAAUGGGGACCAUGGGGACCAUAUAGCUCGUGUUCAAGAACUUGUGGAGGUGGAAUCAAGAGCACCACCAGGCUGUGUAAUCGACCAGAGCCAAGAAAUGAAGGAAGGUACUGUGUUGGUCGCAGGAUGAAAUUUCGGUCAUGUAAUACUGAUUCAUGUCCAAAAGGCAAAAAAGAUUUUCGGGAGCAACAGUGCUCUGAAUUUGAUGGUAAACACUUCAAUAUCAAUGGUCUUACCUCUGCUGUUCGCUGGCUUCCAAAGUACAGUGGUAUUGCUAUGAAAGAUCGCUGUAAACUUUUUUGCCGAGUUUCUGGAACAACUUCCUACUAUCAGCUGAAGGACAGAGUUGCUGAUGGUACUCCCUGUGGAGCAGAAACCAAUGACCUUUGUGUUCAAGGCUUAUGCAGGCAAGCAGGCUGUGAUCACGUUUUGAAUUCAAAGGCAAAGAGAGACAAAUGUGGAAUCUGUGGUGGUGAUAAUUCUUCAUGUAAGACACUUGCAGGUACUUUCAACAGUGCUCAUUAUGGUUACAAUGUUGUAGUAAAUAUUCCCAAAGGAGCAACAAACAUUGAUAUUCAACAGCACAGCUACUCAGGAAAACCAGAGGAUGACAACUACCUUGCUUUAUCAGAUGCCCACGGAAAUUUUAUCUUGAAUGGAAAUUUUGUUGUAAGCAUGUCAAAAAGAGAAAUCAAUGUACAAGGAGCCAUUUUCGAGUACAGUGGUUCGAACAAUACCAUAGAACGAAUUAACAGCACUGAUAAAGUCGAAGAAGAACUAACCUUACAGGUUUUGUGUGUAGGGAAUUUAUACAACCCUGAUGUGCGUUAUUCAUUCAAUGUCCCGAUAGAAGAUGGAAGUGAUCUGUUUGCAUGGGAUCCUUAUGGACCCUGGCAAGAUUGCAGCAGGAUGUGCCAAGGUAUUCGAAGAAGAAGAAUGACAUGUAUACGUAGAACUGAUGGUGUGGUAGUGUCUGAUCAAAGAUGUGAACUUCUACCCACUGUACCAAGUGUCUUCGAGCAGUGUAAUACAGACUGUGAAUUAAGGUGGCACAGUGUUGGCAAAAGUGACUGUACAUCAAAGUGUGGCCCAGGACAUCGGUCUGUUGCGAUCCACUGCAUGAAAUACUCUAUUGCAAGAGGACUCAGUGCUCCAGUGGAGGAUAAGUACUGUGCUGAUCAGCAGAAACCACCAGCCAGAGAGCCUUGCCAUGGUGACUGUACGUUAAGAAGUUUGCACUACACAGAAUGGUCAGAGUGUUCCAGGAGCUGUGCAAGAGGUGUCAGAACCAGAGAAGCUUUUUGUAUGAACAACUUGGGACGUCAUCUUCCUGACAGAGAAUGCCAGCAACUUCCAAGGGUUGUAACACAGAGCUGCAAUGAAUUCUUAUGUCCAAGCUGGUCUGUUACUGACUGGAGUGAGUGCCCUGUGACGUGUGGCAAAGGAAUGAAGCAUCGUCAAGUCUGGUGCCAACUUAAUGAUGAACAACUGAGCGAUGAUUUCUGUAACCCAAAUGACAGACCAGAGUCAAUAACACCGUGUGAACUUCAUGAAUGUGCAUCUUGGCAAGUAGGGCCUUGGGGAUCAUGUGCGGUAACAUGCGGACGCGGGUACCAGGUGCGUGCAGUCAAAUGUGUUACUGGGAUAUACCGCGUAAUCCUGAGCGACGACAGGAAAUGCAGUGCUGCCACUCGUCCUAGGGACAGCCAGGAAUGUGAAUUGCCCUCUUGUCCAGAAAAUACAAAAGUAUGGACUACUUCACUUCCUCUAGUUCAUGUGGGGAAGGUGACCCAAUGGAGAUAUGGAUCAUGGACCCCAUGCUCUGCAUCCUGUGGGAAGGGCGAUCGUGCUCGCUAUGUGAGUUGCAGAGAUGCUCAUGGAGAGAUAGCAGAUGAGUCUUUGUGUGCUCAUUUACCACGACCAGCUGAAAUUUCAAGCUGCUUUAGCCCAUGUGGAGAGUGGAAAGUUGGAAAUUGGUCCCCUUGCACAGUUACGUGUGACAGUGGAAUAGUAACAAGACAAGUCAUCUGUGUCAAUUAUCAUCAGCAAAUCAGUGAGAAUUACUGUGAUCCUGAAGGCCGACCUCCUAAGGAACAAGAAUGUAACAUGCCGCCAUGCCCAGUUUAUCAUCAUGUUCCAAAACUACAUGACCAUCCAAGCCAUUUUCCAGAAACAGGUUACCUCCCAAUACACCCUCCACAAGCCAAUUUAAACCAGUGGAACCGUCCUUCCGUGGGAGGGUAUCAAUGGAGAACUGGACCCUGGGGAGCAUGCUCUAGUACUUGUGCAGGUGGAUUUCACCGCCGAGUUGUAGUAUGUCAAGAUGAGGAAGGAAGAAGUGCCAGUAACUGUGAUGAGGCAACAAAACCUUCAGAGUCGAGACACUGUGAUUCUGGACCCUGCCCACAAUGGAACUUUGGGAACUGGGGAGAAUGUACUCAGACUUGUGGAGAUGGAAUAAAGACAAGACUGGUGAUUUGUCAGCUUCCCACUGGCCAAAUGUUGGGUGAUCAAAACUGUGAAAUUCUAGACAAGCCACCUAACAUGGCACAAUGUAAUGUGCAUUCUUGCCCUGGUGAUGUUUCUUGGCAUCGGGGACCGUGGAAAUCGUGUUCUGUUUCCUGUGGAAAAGGUUUGAAGUUUCGUGAUGUGCAUUGCAUUAACAGCUUCCAAACAAAAAUAGAAGAGGACAACUGCAAACAUUUGAGAAAACCACGAACACACAAAAUAUGUAGAGCUGGAAGAUGUCCUUCUUGGAAGGCCAGCAGAUGGAAAGAGUGCUCUGCAUCCUGUGGAGUAGGGGUUCAGCAAAGGGACAUCUCCUGCCAGGUGUCAGGCCUGGCGCGGGUGAGUGACGCCCUGUGCAGCCGCGACCGGCGCCCCGCCAGCACGAGGCGCUGCCAGCGGCCCCCCUGCCCGCAGCACCACUGGCUGGCACAGCGAUGGGGAAAUUGUUCAGCAUCAUCUAGAAGAAAGGAGAUCUACAGGAAAGUAAAAUGUGUGAAUGAAAACCAGCUCCAAGUCGAUGACAGUUUCUGCGAUCCUGCCACAAAGCCUCCAUCAUCCAAAACCUGUGGAGUAUCUCCCUCUAAAUAUGUUGUGCUCACAGGAGAACUGUCACAGUGCUCAGAGAGCUGUGGGUUUGGUCAGCAGCAGAGGAUCCCCUACUGUGUUGGAGUCCACUCUGUGCAAAGGCGGCGCAUGCGCGGCCUUCGGGCUGUAGCGUACCCAGCGUGCCCGGUACAGCCAUCCCCCUACAUUUACAGAUGCAACCUCAAAGGAUGCUCACAAGCAGCUACCUGGACAGUGGGGAAGUGGACCAAAUGCUCAGCAUCUUGUGGAGUGGGGAUAAAGCAGAGGACAGUUGAGUGUAUGACUGAAAAUGGCUUAUCUAGUGACUUGUGCCUGCCCCAUUUUAAACCAGCUGCCAGAAAGAUCUGCCAUGAGAAAGAAUGUGAAAUUCUUACCACCUGCAAAGAUAUGCAGAUUAAAAAAGGGAUGAGAAGGGAUGGUGAAUACCUACUUAACAUUAAGGGAAGAAUGAUAAAGAUUUAUUGCUCAGGCAUGAAUUUAGAGAACCCCAGAGAAUAUUUGACAUUGGUAAAAGGUGAAGCAGAAAACUUUUCUGAAGUAUAUGGAUACAGGUUGCAGAACCCAUAUGAAUGUCCCUUCAAUGGAAGCAGAAGGCAAGACUGUGCCUGUCGAAAUGAUUACCUUGCAGCUGGCUUCACGAUUUUUAGCAAAAUAAGAUUUGAUGUGGCAUCUAUGCAAAUUAAAACUACAGAUUUUCUUUUUGCUCAGACUAUACUGGGGAGAGCAGUACCAUUUGCUACAGCUGGAGAUUGCUACAGUGCCGCCAGAUGUCCACAGGGCCAGUUCAGCAUUAACUUGGCUGGUACAGGUCUGAGAUUAUCCAGUACAGUGAGAUGGAUUGCUCAGGGCAACUAUGCCACUGCUGACAUACACAAAUCCCACGAUGGUACUAAAAUAUAUGGAAGAUGUGGAGGAUUUUGUGGAAAAUGUGUUCCUAACACAAUUAUUGGUCUCCAACUUCAAGUACAGUGA